AUGUCGGACCAUGCAACCUUUGAUAACGGCGGUGAUGCACUAAGCAUUCUAAUCAAUGCGGCAAGUUCAAUUGGGGCCGACCGACAAGCGCAUCCGGGAUUCGCUCGAUCAUCGCCGCCGAUGCCCCCAGCACCAGCCGUUAACCAAUGUCGAAUAUGUCAACGAACCUAUGAGCGAGGGGACCACCUCACUCGUCACAUGAGAUCACAUGAGAAUUCUCGACCCUUCCGGUGUCAACGAUGUCCAAAGACUUUCAAUCGCGUUGAUCUCCUUAAUCGCCAUGUUGCCACUCAUGAACGUAAUUUGGGUCAGAACCGCCCAGAAAUUAGACGAACAGAGAGAGCUGGAAGAGCAUGUAUAGCAUGCGCAACAGCAAAGGCAAAGUGUGAAGAGCAAAAACCGUGCUUGCGAUGCCGAACAAAAGAUCUUGUUUGCGAAAUAUCCCAGCAAUCGCACAAGAAAAGAUGCGUUUCGGGUGUUGCGAAAGAGCCACGUGACUCCAUUGCGGAACAAGAAUCUCUUCCUCAAGAUUCUGUGAUACAACCUUUAAGCAUAUUGGAUCCUGUUCUACAUAGCAUUGUUUGGACCAAUAAUUACACAAGCAGGAAUACCUAUCCUGAAUAUAGCGCCGAGAAUGCAGAAGCAAUACUGCAAUCUUCUUUUGCCUUAUCUGCACCAAACUCGGACAAGGAAUCAACGGAAUUCAAUUUUGUGCAAGACCAACUACCUUUCGAAAGUCUUGCCAAUGAAAUGCUUUUCUUUCCCUCAACAAUUCUCAACAACCAGAUCUCAGACUUCAAAUACUGUCUCUGGGCUGUCAAGAAAGCCAAUGAUUCUAGAAGGGAUGUUGCUCGAGGGCAUGCAGCAUUUGCCCGCUCGCCUUGGCUAUGGACGCCAGCUUCAACCGAUCACAUUCUCAGGGAUCGAGAUAAUUUAGCGGUUGAUGAAGAAAACAUAUCUUUAAACCUCUCCCCUAACGGUGCAAGGCCUCAUGAACACCUCUCUAUAACAUCUUCCUUGCGAGACAAGAUGUUUCACCUCGUUUCAACUGCUAACAAAUAUGCGAGUGGUAUCCCAAGUUUUCCUUCUUUAGAUUUACUAAACAGUACAAUUGAAGCCUUUUUCUGCCAGCAAAGCAAUCAAGACGAUAAUUGGAUUCACACCUCAACAAUAUAUUCAAAAGAUGUCCAACCAGAGCUUUUGAUUGCCAUAGUGGCUGUUGGAUCUACUGCCAUCUCCUUGCCUGCUGUAUGGAGAAUGGGACUGGCCCUUCAGGAUGUAUGGGAAAGGGCUAACAGUAACACUCGGAAGCUCCAGCCACUACAAGCCUGGAUGCUUUCUCUCGAGCUUGGGUUGUGGAGUGGUUUUCAGAGAAACAUGGAACUAGCCGAGAGCUUUUCGCAACCUCUGAUCACGAUGAUGCGCCGUGGUGGAAUUCUAUCAGCUGCUUCGGAUUCCCAGAAUCUGAUCCCAAACCAAAAUGAUACCGGAAAAAGCCUGGAAGCAAAAUGGCAAACAUGGGCACAAAGGGAGUCUUUCAAAAGAUUGUCUCUCAAAUUGUUCCAGCAUGACACUCGUGCUUCUUUAGCCCUUCAAAAACCCCCAUUGAUUAACUUUACAGAGCUAUCUUUCUCAGCACCUGCAUCUCGUGAAUUAUUUCUAGCUGAAUCUGCAGCGGAUUGGAAGUCAGUGUACAUGGGAAAAUCUCAUUCAUCGGUGGUCACACCACCUCGCUUGAUCGAUAUUAUGCACAACUCUUGUGGUCUUGAAGAUCUGGAUGAAUCUUGGGACGUAGAUCUGUGUUAUGAAGCAGCACUGAAUGACUUUUGGGGGCAAAUAUGGGCAAUCGGAGAGUCAACCCGUUUUCAUGGUAUCGAUGGGAACAAAGACUCUGUGCAUCGGCUAUGGAUUACUACUCAACAGCGAGAACUUUAUCGUGAAGUCGAGAACUUUCGAGAUCGAAUUUUAGGCAGAGCAAAAAUACCGUCAGGACUUAACAUUACAGUCGAAUUAUUCUUGCUAGCUCUGUGUGUUUCUCCUGAUGAGUUACAGCGAUUCGCUGGUAAAUCCGGCCAAGAAGCAGCAUCUCAAAGUUUGAAAUCAUUGGAACGAUGGUAUACAACAGAACGUGCAAGGAGGGCAAUUUGGCACGCCGGACAAAUCUUUCAUUGGGCUUCAUUGAUGGCUCCGGCUCAGUUGCGGGAUUUCUACACCGUUGCCGUCUACUUUGCCAGUCUUACCAUGUGGGCAUAUGGACAUCUCUCAAAUAGUAUCACCCGCGAGAGUAAUAAUGAGACAAAGAAGACUCGCGAUUUCCCUCAAUCAGAGAUCAAUCUUAUUGGCCCUGACAGUCGCGAGACUCGGACAUUCAUAUCUAGUGGUCAAGGAACGCCAGUUCUCAUUCUGGCACCUCGAAAUUCAACGGACAUCGAUGCUACAACUGGAAGGUCUGAAAUUGAAGACUUCACUUUGAAUAAUGCAAAGAUUCGACUCAGUAACCCUAAUGAGGUACUUAAGAUGGCACGAGAUCUUUAUCGAAGUAACUUUCCAAUUCUGGAGGAACCACUUCCGCCGCUCGUGGAGAAUUGUAGUAAUUUGAUGAGGGAUCUUAGUUGUGUUCCCGAGAGUCGAUUUUCUAGAUGUGCUAGCCCGACAGAGAAAUAA